AUGUCGAAUUCGAGUUCGAAGUGGAGGUGGGGGCGAAGGUGGAGAAGUUGCAGAUUAAGGUUAAGCUCCAAUAAUAAUUUACCUUCAUUACCGGAAGAGUUGUUGGAAGAGAUCCUGGUAAGGCUUCCAGUUAAAUCGCUAUUACGUUUCAGGUGCGUUCAAAAGUCAUGGUCUACUCUUGUCCAAAACCCAACUUUCAUUGCCAAACACCUCCGCCACCAUCAAACCAAAACAAAAAAUCCAAGUAUUUUGGUCGAGGGCCUCGACAAAAUUGAGGAUCUUCAAUACCUCCUGCAAUCUCAUCCUGAUGAAGGAGGAGGAGUCCGCGUUUUGGACUUCAAGGAGGACAGCAUGGGUCGCUUGCUCACAGUUUAUACCAAGAUAUUAUAUUUUGCAUUUGGCUUUGAUCAAAAUUCUAAUGACUACAAGGUGGUUCGAGUUGUCGAAUAUAAGAAGGAAUCUGCGGGAAAUUCAAUCACACGCUACUGCAAUUCUUUUUAUGUUUACUCCCUAAGGGCUGAGUGCUGGACCCAAAUAUUUGGCACCCCUAUUCAUCAUAACAACAUUAAGCUGCAUUCUUGUUGUAAUGAAAUAUACUUUAAUGGAGUUCAUCAUUGGAUCGGUUUCCUCAACAGCGAACCCGGGGAUAGUUAUGAUCAUCACAUAAUUCUGUCCUUUGACAUGAGCCAUGAGGUUUUUCAAAUUAUAAGGUUUCCAGAUAUGUUUUUUCCAAAUAAAACUCUUGCUGUAUUCAAUGAUUGCCUUGCUUGUAUUGUUUAUGGUAUCAAUGAAUACAUCGAUAUAUGGGUGAUGCGGGAAUAUGGGGUCGAGGAUUCUUGGACCAAACAACUUGUUGUAGGACACCUGUUAGGAAUUCAGAGGCCACUACAACUUCUUGGGAAUGAGGAGAUUCUUCUGGUUGAUGAAAAUAAGACAUUGGUCUUGUAUAACAUUGGUUCUCAAGAAAUUAAGAUUCUUCAACGCACGGGGUAUCCAAAAAUAUUCAUGCCAAGGCGAGCUAUCGUUUAUGUGGAGAGUCUUGUUUCAUUCACUGGUGGAAUUGUGUUUGAGAGUUAAUUUUCCUGAGCUCCUAGUUAUUUAUAUCAUUAAAUAAUUUUUCAGUAAGUUCUGUGUGGCUUAGAGAGGAUGAUAUUGCAUCUCAUAUGGAUGGUGUUUUUGUUAAUUUAUUUAGAGUGAGUGCUAGUUAAGGGUUUGAGUAGGUUAUUCUGCAAUACCAUCUCAGCUAUUGUUAGCUUUGUUGUCUAUUUGUUCCCGUGAAAUUUACAAAGACUUGGUCACUUGAGGGUCUGUAUCACUAGGCAAUGUGACAAAUUAAAAUUUCAUAUAUAUUGAUGGAAACCAUAUUUAUUGGAGGUA